ACGUUAUAAUCCCACGUAGUACAACUAAUUUUUCUGUGCAAGAAAUAAGUGUCCAGUCCAUGGGGAAUCUAACAAGAAAAUACCGCAAACGUUCGAAAUGUCUAUUAUUGCCUGUCCGUCCAGACCUAUGCUAUUCUCAGUUUAAAAAUAGGUUCCUAAUCACACACUCAGCUGUAUUCUACCAGUUGAGAAAUAGUAUCUGAUAUAUGGGAAGGAUUUGAAGGCAGGUUCGAGCUCAUUUCGCACCUGAAUAAUAUAACGGGAUAUUCUCUUCUAAUUUGUUGUUUCCGUUGUUUCGACGAGUGAGGUGCGCGAUGUGCUGAAUUGAUCUUGACCAAUGUGGAUUUUAGCCGGUGUUUUGGAGGCUCUUCAAAACCAAGAACUCUGGGAAGAUAGAGUAGAUUCCGGCCAUGGACGAUGAGUACACCGACGAUUACUACGAUACCAUUUCAGUCAACUCCUCGGUGCCCAACAGAAAAAGUGUUUCUUAUGGAAGGAACCCCUUCAAUCGUUCUCAAAGUCAAAAUACUGUUUAUUAUUCCCUGAUGAAUCUCGAUGGAGGUGAAAUGAUGGAGAUGAACGGGAGGUGGGAUGACAAAAAUAAGGAGGCAACUACGUACGAGAAAUGGAGGAACUUGAAAUGGAACUCUUUCUCUACCGGCGAGUCGGUGGAUUACGUAUUGGCAUACGAAGACAUCUCGAAGCCUGGUCAUGCCCAUUUCGAAGACAAAAGGAAGAUGUUCGAAUUCAAUCUUCAGCAAGCAGGCCUCCUUCUAGAAAGAGAUGAAACGCAGACGAUCCACUUCGUCAAAAUUCAUGCUCCGAAGUCUGUGCUUUGCCAGUAUGCUGAACUUUUGAAGUUGAGGUUACCAAUCAAACUGAAUGAUCAAGAAAGAGUCACGAAUAUUCUAGUCAAAACCCUGAACAAAAUAUUGGAUUAUUGUUCUCUUAAAGUGGAUAAAAGCAUUUUUCCCUCUGAACGAUAUAAAUUAACUUUUGAAUAUAGCAGAGAUAAAGAUUAUUUGUUCGAUUCAAACUCUCCGGAUUUCUUCAAAACUUCAACGAGAAUAAUGAUCAUCGAUUACAUUCUUGAGAGGGAGAAAUAUGGCGAUGAUUUGAAUAGCAACGGAAUAAAAAAAUUAUUAUCAGAAGGUGUCUACAAAGCGGCCUAUCCACUUCAUGAUGGUGAUUUAAACAGAGAAAAUUCCAAGAGAAAGCUUCUACUAGACCACUGGGCCUCUGUUUCACAAUGGAUCAAAUAUCAGCCUAUUGACGAAAUAAAGGAAUACUUCGGGGUGAAAUUUGCUCUCUACUUCACAUGGCUCGGUUUCUACACCCACAUGUUGAUACCGGCAGCUAUAGUCGGCCUUUUAUGCUUCCUUUUUGGAAUUUUUUCACUACACAAAGAUGUAGUCGUCGACGAUAUGUGUAAUAUGGAUAUCGUUAUGUGCCCCAGGUGCGAUAAAUACUGUGAUUACUGGAAACUGAGUGAGAGUUGUACCUAUGCCAAAAUACAACAUUUUAUAGACAACCCAGCAACAAUAUUCUUCGCCGUUUUUAUGUCUUUUUGGGCCACCCUAUACAUGGAACUAUGGAAAAGAUACAGCGCCGGAAUAACGCAUCGAUGGGGAUUAACAGGCUUCGAUCUUCUUGCCGAACCACCGAGACCUGAAUACCUGAUGAGGCUUGCCAACGUGAAAAAGAGAAAAUUGAACGUAGUAACCUUGGUUGAGGAACCUGCGGUUUCUUACUGGAAGGUCAAAUUACCUUCGAUGAUUUUUAGUUUUUCGAUUGUUCUUUUGUGGAUUUUACUGACACUUGCUGUUGUUUUCGGAAUAAUAAUUUACAGGAUGUCUUUGAUGACAUCAGAAGUGAUAUAUUCUUACAGUAUCAAAUACACAAUUUAUACAGUGCCAGUUAUUGCUGCAGUCUUGAACUUGAUCUGUAUACAACUUUUGAGUUUUUUAUACGAUAAAUUGGCUCACAAGCUAACGGAGAUGGAGAUUCACAGGACACAAACUGAGUACGACGAUAGCCAUACGUUGAAAAGUUACUUGUUCCAGUUUGUGAAUUAUUACUCAUCAAUUUUCUAUAUUGCUUUCUUGAAAGGAAAAUUUGUUGGGUAUCCAGCUAAAUACAAUAGGAUUUUUGGAUAUAGACAAGAAGAGUGUAAUCCUGGAGGAUGUCUGAUGGAACUCAGUAUUCAGCUAGGUAUCAUUAUGAUUGGUAACCAAGCUUUGAACAGCUUCCUAGAGAUGACCAUUCCUUUAGCUAUCAAAAUGUAUAAAACCUUCAAAGUAAGCACUGGAAUCGAAAGAGCGGAGAAGGAAAAACAACAGGUUAUCAUUUGUUGCAAUCAAUGGACGGAAGAUUAUAAACUGAACGAGUUCAACGAAUCCUGUUUAUUUCAGGAAUAUCUCGAGAUGGUAUUGCAGUACGGAUUCGUUACGAUAUUCGUGACAGCCUUUCCUCUAGCACCAUUGUUCGCCCUCGUGAACAAUGUGUUCGAGAUGAGGCUGGAUGCGAAGAAGUUCAUCAAGUACUACCGACGACCAGUACCAACACGAGUCAAAAACAUAGGAGUGUGGUACCAAAUAAUGACAACCAUUGGACGAUUAUCUGUGAUUUCAAACGCCUUCAUCCUAGCAUUCUCAUCGAACUUCAUUCCUAAACUAGUCUACAUCUUAAAAGUGAGCGAAAAUCAUACCGAAGACGGAUUUUUGAACCAUAGUCUAGCCGUUUUCGAUGUCAGAGAUUUCGAAAAUGGAACGGCGCCAGAAAAGAGCGUCUUCUCGAAUAUCACAACGUGUAGAUACCCCGAAUAUAGGUCUGGCCCUUAUGAUGAUCCAAAGUAUAAGAGACCUCUUGUUUAUUGGCAAGUUAUGGUCGCCAGACUGGCAUUUAUUGUAGCGUAUCAGAACCUUGUCAGUUUCGUUAUUAUGGCUGUGGAAUGGGCUAUACCAGAUGUGCCUAGAAGGUUGAACGAUCAAAUAAAGAAGGAAGCUUACAGAACCAACGAGAUGAUACUCCAAUACGAAGCUCAACAAGCAAAGGAAAAAGUCCGCAGAAGGUACAGGGACGGACCAAGUAAUUCACAGGAAUCUUUAGGAAAUGAGUCCAGGAAAAACACGAGCACUAGAAGUAGCGGAGUUUUCUACGAUGCUGUUGCAUGAUGCAUUUAAACUCAAAUCUGGGAAUCAAUAUGAGUUGAACAAUUUCUCGAAUAAUCCGAAGUCUGGUUACGCCAAAUCACUUUUCGAAAAUUUCGAAUAUGAACAUGUCUCUUCGAAUACGUUGAAGACAUUUGGGAGCAACGUCGUCACCAACUUUCACUUAUUAGUAAUAAUUUAUUGUUAUUGGUAUGGAAACUCUAUACGUUCUCAGGUUAUUAUGUUGAUAUCAGUUUAUAUUGCACAUGUUUUUCUAGAGGUUAUUUCAACCUUUAGAUAUUUUAUACUUGAUAAUUCAACAAAUUUUAAUUUAUUUUUCCACAAAAUAGCUGCAAACGUUAUUAUGCUGUAUUUUUCCGCGACUCAACAUGAAAAUUCUGCAUUGUUUUGUAUUCUCCUGCAUUAUCUUUAAUGGUUUUGGUCGCUUUCAACUGAGUAACAUGUUUUUUUCUAAUUUUCUUAUUUUAAACUUUUGUGAUAUUAUAUUUGACCAGAUCUAUGCACUUGUGAAUUUACUGAAGAUGUGUGUGCUGUAUAGUUUUAUAUUUAUAAGAGAAGAAAUUCUACUUACUAUUUUCGAAUAAAUUAUUCUGUUACA